AUGGAAAUCCCUCACCCAUCAUUUACUGUUCACAAUUCUGGUCGUGGUUUUUUACCCCUUAAAUCUGGUGUCAAAGUGAUUGCCACACCGGAAACCGAAACGUUUGUGAUCAUGUGUGCGUGUGUUUGCGAACCAUAUCGAUCGGUACUGUUAUUACCCUCUGAACAAUUGAGCUAUCCGCUGGUACAUUCACAACGGGCUAAUCCCGAUUUCUCAUUCACAUUCUGGGAAAACUCCUCCGACCGAGGCUCCCCUAGUCCAUCCACUUGUUACUUGGCUGGCUCACAUUCGGAUCAUUCUACCACCCCAUUGGCUCCGUCCACACACAAUAACCAACCCCGAUUUGUACAUCGUGCUCCGCCACCAGUUCCCGGAACAAAUGGCAAUCGAUCCCGUGAACCGGACCACCCUUAUCCCCAUUCUGCUCCGCCUUCGUCUCAUCAUCAUCUUCAUCAUCACCACCACUCGACCUCGAACAUCACGCAUUCAAGCGGCAGCACUGCACCUCGCCCCGUCGUAAUUGAUGCACUGUUGCGUCUGUUAGUUUACCACUGCACGGAUCCGGAACCGAACCAGCCAAAUGGUGUGCGCUCAUCCAUGUCGGAAGAUCAACGAGCCGUGCUCGAUCGACUGUAUCGUGCGCUGUGCACAAACCCGUCGGGGACGGGCGCCGCGCUGGGACGAGCAUAUGCGUCCCCGGAUUGGGCUGACGCAUCUGGUGUUAUACCUCCCCUCGCACGACGCCUCUUACCCCAUCUGAUACGUAUAGCCUAUACGGAACUGGUCUCCAGCGAAGACGGUUGGGGUGAGGAUCGUUCUGGGUUGUCAGAAAAGAACAACGGAGAAUCCGACACACACGGACGACAUUCUGAUCGACCGAUGGAGUUGGCGGCCAUACUCCGUUUGGUUCCAGUCUACCAGACAGACACAAGUCUUUGUGAACGUGAUAUCGGUAUUGUACGCCUGCUGGCCACAAUCCACGCCUAUUCGACAACCCAAACUGGGCGUAUGGAACGCCUGCGUGCGGUACAAGCAUUGACCAAUGGUACUCCUGCUACCACAAUCACAGAGCCGAAUUCCUCAAGCUCCAGCUCGGGAUCAGCCUCCUCCUCCUCCUUGGUGCGCACCCCAGCCCCGAUCGAACCGGCCCCGCGUUGCCCGGUUGCCGAAGUGGCCGCACUCGUGCGCCUGUCCUUCCACCCGGAACACAGAACAGCGAUUUGCGAGCUGGGUGGUGUGCAUGCUCUGAUCGCCCUACUUCGUUGCGAACAAACACUCUGGUCUGAUCCGAUGCUCCAUGCUCUCCGAACAAAUCAAUCGGAUUACACCCAGCCGCCCGGUCCGCGUCCGAAUCCGGUCAACGCACCACCACCACCACCUGCCACAAAUGUGUCCGGCACUCGUCCCGGGGCGGAACAUCUGCUCGAGACCAGCCUCGCGUUGCGUCGAUACAUUUGCAUGGCAUUGACCAACCUGACAUAUGGGGUUGCUGCGAACAAGGCAUUACUGUGUCGUCGAUUGGCUAAUUUAGAAGCGCUCCUCGCUCAAAUGGAAAUCGGCAAUGAAGAGUUGAAACAGGUUUCAGCCAGUGUAUUGCGUAAUCUGAGUUGGCGAACGGACGCUCGAAGCAAGGUGGCCUUGCGGCGUGUGAAUGCACCACGACGCUUGACCCUGGCCGCAAUGACCUCGCAUCGGGACAGCACAUUACGAACCACUUUGAGCGCAUUGUGGAAUCUAAGUGCUCAUUGUGCCCACAACAAGCGCGCCGUGUGCAGAAAAAAAAAAUCGGUUGCCGAUCCAGAAGAGUAUGCAAACACCAAGAGCAAAAUCUCAUCUGUUGAAGUUGUGAUAUAA